UUUUGAUGUAGAAAACAAUAAGUAAUUUAUAUAUAAUAUGUAAUUGUAUUCCUAUAAAAUAAUUUCACAUCAAUGCAACACUGCCGCACACUUCUUAAAAGGCGCAGAAAGCACGAAGAUUGUUGCAAAAGAGACUUUCCGUGGCCGUGGAUGCCGCUGAUUGCUUUACGCGGCACUUCUCCUCCAUUGGGUGGAUUUGAUGAAGGUGGGGUCUCGUUUCUGAGCCCACUGGAGUCUUUGCUCUCUGCACGCGCGACGUCUCUUGCAGCAAGAGGUGUCGAGGAGGAUUUAGGAGUUAGUUUGUGUGUGUGUGUGUGUGCUGUCAGGAUCACACCCCACGCGCAAUUUAUGCAAGUCUUUACGCGGCUUGGGGGUUAAUAUUUGCAGCCUGAAAGUGCGCGCCAUCAACAAGUAGGAGGGCGCACGUUUUUGUGUUACUAGUGUGUGUGUGUGUGUGUGUGUGUGUGUGUGUGGAGCAUGAAGAAGCAUGGCUUGGUGUGAGCGUGGGGUUCAGACGCUGUUGGCCACCGUGGGGGCUUUUGCCGCCUUCAGCCUGAUGAGCAUCGCCAUCGGGACGGACUACUGGCUCUACUCGCGGGCGUACAUCUGCAACGCCACCAACAGCAGCGUGGACGACACGCAGCCGCAGCCCCGGAGCAGAAAGGGCGACCUGACGCACUCCGGACUGUGGAGGAUCUGCUGUAUUGAGGGCAUCAAUCAAGGCAGCUGUUACAGAAUCAACCAUUUCCCCGACGACAACGACUACGACACAGACAGCUCGGAAUACCUGCUGCGUAUAGUGCGGGCCUCCAGCGUCUUUCCCAUCCUCAGCACGGUUCUGUUGAUGCUGGGCGGCUUGUGCGUGGGAGUGGGCCGAGUCUACAGCAAGACCAACAACGUCCUCCUCAGCGCGGGCAUCCUCUUUGUUGCCGCAGGUCUGAGCAACAUCAUCGGCAUCAUCGUGUACAUCUCCAGCAACGCGGGAGACCCCAACGACAAGCGGGACGACGACAGGAAGUACACCUACUCCUACGGCUGGUCCUUCUACUUCGGCGCCCUCUCCUUCAUCGUGGCCGAAACGGUGGCCGUCCUGGCCAUCAACAUCUACAUUGAGAAAAACAAGGAAGUCCGCUGGAGGGCGCGGCGCGACUUCGUCCGCUCCCUCUCGUCCUCGUCGCCGUACUCCAGGAUCCCCAGUUUCCGCUACCGCCGGCGGACCUCGCACGCCAGCUCUCACUCCACAGAGGGCUCGCGGGAGAACUCUCCCGUGGUCGGCCUGAAGCGGGCGCCGUCCUCCGGCAGGCCCUUGGACGAGCUGUCCAUGUACGCGCUGGCCAGGGACGGCGUGACGGAGAACGCCUACAGUCCGGAGCACGAGGCGGCCGCGGAGUUCCUACAGGUGCACAACUGUUUCUCCAACGACUUGAAGGACGGGGUGAACCGCAGGACCACGCCGGUGUGAGUCGUGCCGUGAAGCCGGGUCUCCCUUUUGAAACGGACGAUCCCUUGCUUCAUUUUUUGUGUACCCGCUUGUAGAGAUCGUGGCUGCUGCUGAAGAGUCGUGUGCGCCGUAGCCAACGUGAAGUCAGUGUUAGCGUCGUGGAGCUGGCAACGGGAUGCCAGAUGCUGUUUAUCACGCAGUAUUGGUCAGUAUUCCACCUGUAUAUGACUUAACAAGGUGCUAUGUUCUACUAUCAAGUGUUCUAUUUGUGUGAUGCUUUGAAUUGUGGAGCUCACUCCAGAGUCCACGUUUCGAUUAAGAGUGUGACCAACUACAGAUGAGACAUCCCACGCCAGCUAUGUGAACCACUACCCUACCUGUGGCCCAAACGGUGGUACAAAAUACAAACCCCGUUUCCAUAUGAGUUGGGAAAUUGUGUUAGAUGUAAAUAUAAACAGAAUACAAUGAUUUGCAAAUCCUUUUCAACCCAUAUUCAGUUGAAUGCACUUCAAAGACAAGAUAUUUGAUGUUCAAACUCAUAAACUUUUUCGCAAGUAAUAAUCAACUUAGAAUUUCAUGGCUGCAACACGUGCCAAAGUAGUUGGGAAAGGGCAUGUUCACCACUGUGUCACAUCACCUUUUCUUUUAACAACACUUAAUAAACGUUUGGGAACUGAGGAAAGUAAUUGUUGAAGCUUUGAAAGUGGAAUUUUUUCCCAUUCUUGUUUUAUGUAGAGCUUCAGUCGUUCAACAAUCCGGGGUCUCCGCUGUCGUAUUUUACGCUUCAUAAAGCGCCACACAUUUUCGAUGGGAGACAGGUCUGGACUGCAGGCGGGCCAGGAAAGUACCCGCACGCUGUUGUAACAUGUGUUGAAUGCGGCUUGGUAUUGUCUUGCUGAAAUAAGCAGGGGGGACCAUGAAAAAGACGCCGCUUAGAUGGCAGCAUAUGUUGUUCCAAAACCUGUAUGUAACUUUCAGCAUUAAUGGUGCCUUCACAGAUGUGUAAGUUACCCAUGCCUUGGGCACUAAUGCACCCCCAUACCAUCACAGAUGCUGGCUUUUCAACUUUGGGUCGGUAACAGUCUGGAUGGUUCGCUUCCCCUUUGGUCCGGAUGACACGAUGUCAAAUAUUUCCAAAAACAAUUUGAAAUGUGGACUCAUCAGACCACAGAACCGUUUUCCACUUUGCAUCAGUCCAUCUUAGAUGAUCUCGGGCCCAGAGAAGCCGGCGGCGUUUCUGGAUGUUGUUGAUAAAUCACGCAGUAUUGGGCAGUAUUCCACCUGUAUAUGACUUAACAAGGUGCUAUGUUCUACUAUCAAGUGUUCUAUUUGUGUGAUGCUUUGAAUUGUGGAGCUCACUCCAGAGUCCACGUUUCGAUUAAGAGUGUGACCAACUACAGAUGAGACAUCCCACGCCAGCUAUGUGAACCACUACCCUACCUGUGGCCCAAACGGCGGUACAAAAUACACACCCCGUUUCCAUAUGAGUUGGGAAAUUGUGUUAGAUGUAAAUAUAAACAGAAUACAAUGAUUUGCAAAUCCUUUUCAACCCAUAUUCAGUUGAAUGCACUUCCAAGACAAGAUAUUUGAUGUUCAAACUCAUAAACUUUUUCGCAAAUAAUAAUCAACUUAGAAUUUCAUGGCUGCAGCACGUGCCAAAGUAGUUGGGAAAGGGCAUGUUCACCACGGUGUUACAUCACCUUUUCUUUUAACAACACUUAAUAAACGUUUGGGAACUGAGGAAAGUAAUUGUUGAAGCUUUGAAAGUGGAAUUCUUUCCCAUUCUUGUUUUAUGUAGAGCUUCAGUCGUUCAACAGUCCCGGGUCUCCAAUGUCGUAUUUUACGCUUCAUAAUGCGCCACACAUUUUCGAUGGGAGACAGGUCUGGACUGCAGGCGGGCCAGGAAAGUACCCACACGCUGUUGUAACAUGUGUUGAAUGCGGCUUGGUAUUGUCUUGCUGAAAUAAGCAGGGGGGACCAUGAAAAAGACGCCGCUUAGAUGGCAGCAUAUGUUGUUCCAAAACCUGUAUGUAACUUUCAGCAUUAAUGGUGCCUUCACAGAUGUGUAAGUUACCCAUGCCUUGGGCACUAAGGCACCCCCAUACCAUCACAGAUACUGGCUUUUCAACUUUGGGUCGGUAACAGUCUGGAUGGUUCGCUUCCCCUUUGGUCCGGAUGACACGAUGUCAAAUAUUUCCAAAAACAAUUUGAAAUGUGGACUCAUCAGACCACAGAACCGUUUUCCACUUUGCAUCAGUCUAUCUUAGAUGAUCUCGGGCCCAGAGAAGCCGGCGGCGUUUCUGGAUGUUGUUGAUAAAUCACGCAGUAUUGGGCAGUAUUCCACCUGUAUAUGACUUAACAAGGUGCUAUGUUCUACUAUCAAGUGUUCUAUUUGUGUGAUGCUUUGAAUUGUGGAGCUCACUCCAGAGUCCACGUUUCGAUUAAGAGUGUGACCAACUACAGAUGAGACAUCCCACGCCAGCUAUGUGAACCACUACCCUACCUGUGGCCCAAACGGUGGUACAAAAUACAAACCCCGUUUCCAUAUGAGUUGGGAAAUUGUGUUAGAUGUAAAUAUAAACAGAAUACAAAGAUUUGCAAAUCCUUUUCAACCCAUAUUCAGUUGAAUGCACUUCAAAGACAAGAUAUUUGAUGUUCAAACUCAUAAACUUUUUUGCAAAUAAUAAUUAACUUAGAAUUUCAUGGCUGCAGCACGUGCCAAAGUAGUUGGGAAAGGGCAUGUUCACCACUGUGUUACAUCACCUUUUCUUUUAACAACACUUAAUAAACGUUUGGGAACUGAGGAAAGUAAUUGUUGAAGCUUUGAAAGUGGAAUUUUUUCCCAUUCUUGUUUUAUGUAGAGCUUCAGUCCUUCAACAGUCCGGGGUCUCCAAUGUCGUAUUUUACGCUUCAUAAUGCGCCACGAAUUUUCGAUGGGAGACAGGUCUGGACUGCAGGCAGGCCAGGAAAGUACCCGCACGCUGUUGUAACAUGUGUUGAAUGCGGCUUGGUAUUGUCUUGCUGAAAUAAGCAGGGGGGACCAUGAAAAAGACGCCGCUUAGAUGGCAGCAUAUGUUGUUCCAAAACCUGUAUGUACCUUUCAGCAUUAAUGGUGCCUUCACAGAUGUGUAAGUUACCCAUGCCUUGGGCACUAAUGCACCCCCAUACCAUCACAGAUGCUGGCUUUUCAACUUUGGGUCGGCAACAGUCUGGAUGGUUCGCUUCCCCUUUGGUCCGGAUGACACGAUGUCAAAUAUUUCCAAAAACAAUUUGAAAUGUGGACUCAUCAGACCACAGAACCGUUUUCCACUUUGCAUCAGUCCAUCUUAGAUGAUCUCGGGCCCAGAGAAGCCGGCGGCGUUUCUGGAUGUUGUUGAUAAAUCACGCAGUAUUGGGCAGUAUUCCACCUGUAUAUGACUUAACAAGGUGCUAUGUUCUACUAUCAAGUGUUCUAUUUGUGUGAUGCUUUGAAUUGUGGAGCUCACUCCAGAGUCCACGUUUCGAUUAAGAGUGUGACCAACUACAGAUGAGACAUCCCACGCCAGCUAUGUGAACCACUACCCUACCCGUGGCCCAAACGGUGGUACAAAAUACACACCCCGUUUCCAUAUGAGUUGGGAAAUUGUGUUAGAUGUAAAUAUAAACAGAAUACAAUGAUUUGCAAAUCCUUUUCAACCCAUAUUCAGUUGAAUGCACUUCAAAGACAAGAUAUUUGAUGUUCAAACUCAUAAACUUUUUCGCAAAUAAUAAUCAACUUAGAAUUUCAUGGCUGCAGCACGUGCCAAAGUAGUUGGGAAAGGGCAUGUUCACCACUGUGUCACAUCACCUUUUCUUUUAACAACACUUAAUAAACGUUUGGGAACUGAGGAAAGUAAUUGUUGAAGCUUUGAAAGUGGAAUUUUUUCCCAUUCUUGUUUUAUGUAGAGCUUCAGUCGUUCAACAAUCCGGGGUCUCCAAUGUCGUAUUUUACGCUUCAUAAUGCGCCACACAUUUUCGAUGGGAGACAGGUCUGGACUGCAGGCGGGCCAGGAAAGUACCCGCACGCUGUUGUAACAUGUGUUGAAUGCGGCUUGGUAUUGUCUUGCUGAAAUAAGCAGGGGCCACCAUGAAAAAGACGCCGCUUAGAUGGCAGCAUAUGUUGUUCCAAAACCUGCAUGUAACUUUCAGCAUUAAUGGUGCCUUCACAGAUGUGUAAGUUACCCAUGACUUGGGCACUAAUGCACCCCCAUACCAUCACAGAUGCUGGCUUUUCAACUUUGGGUCGGUAACAGUCUGGAUGGUUCGCUUUCCCUUUGGUCCGGAUGACACAAUGUCAAAUAUUUCCAAAAACAAUUUGAAAUGUGGACUCAUCAGACCACAGAACCGUUUUCCACUUUGCAUCAGUCCAUCUUAGAUGAUCUCGGGCCCAGAGAAGCCGGCGGCGUUUCUGGAUGUUGUUGAUAAAUCACGCAGUAUUGGGCAGUAUUCCACCUGUAUAUGACUUAACAAGGUGCUAUGUUCUACUAUCAAGUGUUCUAUUUGUGUGAUGCUUUGAAUUGUGGAGCUCACUCCAGAGUCCACGUUUCGAUUAAGAGUGUGACCAACUACAGAUGAGACAUCCCACGCCAGCUAUGUGAACCACUACCCUACCUGUGGCCCAAACGGUGGUACAAAAUACACACCCCGUUUCCAUAUGAGUUGGGAGAUUGUGUUAGAUGUAAAUAUAAACAGAAUACAAUGAUUUGCAAAUCCUUUUCAACCCAUAUUCAGUUGAAUGCACUUCAAAGACAACAUAUUUGAUGUUCAAACUCAUAAACUUUUUCGCAAAUAAUAAUCAACUUAGAAUUUCAUGGCUGCAGCACGUGCCAAAGUAGUUGGGAAAGGGCAUGUUCACCACUGUGUUACAUCACCUUUUCUUUUAACAACACUCAAUAAACGUUUGGGAACUGAGGAAACUAAUUGUUGAAGCUUUGAAAGUGGAAUUUUUUCCCAUUCUUGUUUUAUGUAGAGCUUCAGUCCUUCAACAAUCCGGAGUCUCCAAUGUCGUAUUUUACGCUUCAUAAUGCGCCACGAAUUUUUGAUGGGAGACAGGUCUGGACUGCAGGCGGGCCAGGAAAGUACCCGCACGCUGUUGUAACAUGUGUUGAAUGCGGCUUGGUAUUGUCUUGCUGAAAUAAGCAGGGGCGACCAUGAAAAAGACGGCGCUUAGAUGGCAGCAUAUGUUGUUCCAAAACCUGUAUGUAACUUUCAGCAUUAAUGGUGCCUUCACAGAUGUGUAAGCUACCCAUGCCUUGGGCACUAAUGCACCCCCAUACCAUCACAGAUGCUGGCUUUUCAACUUUGGGUCGGUAACAGUCUGGAUGGUUCGCUUCCCCUUUGGUCCGGAUGACACGAUGUCAAAUAUUUCCAAAAACAAUUUGAAAUGUGGACUCAUCAGACCACAGAACCGUUUUCCACUUUGCAUCAGUCCAUCUUAGAUGAUCUCGGGCCCAGAGAAGCCGGCGGCGUUUCUGGAUGUUGUUGAUAAAUCACGCAGUAUUGGGCAGUAUUCCACCUGUAUAUGACUUAACAAGGUGCUAUGUUCUACUAUCAAGUGUUCUAUUUGUGUGAUGCUUUGAAUUGUGGAGCUCACUCCAGAGUCCACGUUUCGAUUAAGAGUGUGACCAACUACAGAUGAGACAUCCCACGCCAGCUAUGUGAACCACUACCCUACCUGUGGCCCAAACGGUGGUACAAAAUACAAACCCCGUUUCCAUAUGAGUUGGGAAAUUGUGUUAGAUGUAAAUAUAAACGGAAUACAAUGAUUUGCAAAUCCUUUUCAACCCAUAUUCAGUUGAAUGCACUUCAAAGACAAGAUAUUUGAUGUUCAAACUCAUAAACUUUUUCGCAAAUAAUAAUUAACUUAGAAUUUCAUGGCUGCAACACGUGCCAAAGUAGUUGGGAAAGGGCAUGUUCACCACUGUGUUACAUCACCUUUUCUUUUAACAACACUCAAUAAACGUUUGGGAACUGAGGAAACUAAUUGUUGAAGCUUUGAAAGUGGAAUUCUUUCCCACUCUUGUUUUAUGUAGAGCUUCAGUCGUUCAACAGUCAGGGGUCUCCGCUGUCGUAUUUUACGCUUCAUAAUGCGCCACACAUUUUCGAUGGGAGACAGGUCUGGACUGCAGGCGGGCCAGGAAAGUACCCGCACGCUGUUGUAACAUGUGUUGAAUGCGGCUUGGUAUUGUCUUGUUGAAAUAAGCAGGGGCCACCAUGAAAAAGACGCCGCUUAGAUGGCAGCAUAUGUUGUUCCAAAACCUGUAUGUAUCCAUCCAUCCAUUUUCUACCGCUUAUUCCCUUUCGGGGUCGCGGGGGGCGCUGGCGCCUAUCUCAGCUACAAUCGGGCGGAAGGCGGGGUACACCCUGGACAAGUCGCCACCUCAUCACAGGGCUAACACAGAUAGACAGACAACAUUCACAUUCACACACUAGGGCCAAUUUAGUGUUGCCAAUCAACCUAUCCCCAGGUGCAUGUCUUUGGAAGUGGGAGGAAGCCGGAGUACCCGGAGGGAACCCACGCAUUCACGGGGAGAACAUGCAAACUCCACACAGAAAGAUCCCGAGCCUGGAUUUGAACCCAGGACUGCAGGACCUUCGUAUUGUGAGGCAGACGCACUAACCCCUCUGCCACCGUGAAGCCACCUGUAUGUACCUUUCAGCAUUAAUGGUGCCUUCACAGAUGUGUAAGUUACCCAUGCCUUGGGCACUAAUGCACCCCCAUACCAUCACAGAUGCUGGCUUUUGAACUUUGGGUCGGUAACAGUCUGGAUGGUUCGCUUCCCUUUUGGUCCGGAUGACACGAUGUCAAAUAUUUCCAAAAACAAUUUGAAAUGUGGACUCAUCAGACCACAGAACCGUUUUCCACUUUGCAUCAGUCCAUCUUAGAUGAUCUCGGGCCCAGAGAAGCCGGCGGCGUUUCUGGAUGUUGUUGAUAAAUCGCUUUCGCUUUGCAUAGUAGAGCUUUAACUUGCACUUACAGAUGUAGCGACGAACUGCAUUUAGUGUCAGUGGUUUUCUGAAGUGUUCCUGAGCCCAUGUGGUGAUAUCCUUUAGAGAUUGAUGUCGGUUUUUGAUACAGUGCCGUCUGAGGGAUCAAUGUUGGUUUCCGGCCAUGCCGCUUACGUGGAGUGAUUUCUCCAGAUUCUCUGAACCUUUUGAUGAUAUUAAUCAGUUUGAACAUCAAAUAUGUUGUCUUUGUAGCACAUUCAACUGAAUAUGGGUUGAAAAUGAUUUGCAAAUCAUUGCAUUCCGUUUAUAUUUACAUCUAACACAAUUUCCCAACUCAUAUGGAAUAGAGGUUUGUAGAUAUGCUUUUGUAUUCUUCAUACUGUCAACACAUAUCACACAGAACUGAAUUGUUUAAUAUUUAUAGCAGGAGUCUUCCAUUUUUUCCAGGCCAAGGGCCCUCAAACUGAGGGGAAAAUGGACCGGGAACCCCCUUCUUAUAUAGCCGGUCUGAAAUUGUACAAAACCCAAAACCAGUGAAGUUGGCACGUUUUGUAAUUCGUAAAUAAGGUGGCGGCUUGUCAAGGUUGUACCCCGCCUUCCGCCCUGAUUGUAGGUGAGAACAGAGUACAAUGAUCUGCAAAUCCUUUUCCUCUCCCGGGCAGAAGGGCGACACGGCAGUGCGGCUGGAUUGAAAGAGCGGAGUGUCGGACAAAAAGUUGCUUUAUCACAAGCAAGUGUCAUUAUACAGGACCGCAGUACCUGGAGGAGGUCAAGACAAAAAAAAAUGAGGCUCUCCUAAAUUGGAGGGGCCAAACCACAGUCUUUUUUUCCUUCUUUCUCUGUCUGGGUGUGUGUUAGUUCAAGAGCGUACAACCUGACUAUGUAAGGAGAUGUUCAUGUGUAAGUGACUUUAAUGUUGAUGUGAAGAUAGACAAGGAGUCUCUCCUCCAGGAUAGAGCUAUCACUUUUGCAUUCCGAAGUCUGAAUGUAUUCAGCCAGUCAACAUGCCAAUGUCCAACUAAGGCUUCUAAAUUUGUUAUGGACUAGUUAUUUACUUAAACCCGAUGGUUCGCUUUCUCCAAGUUGAAUAUAAACAUUCACCAUAUGCAGAACAUAAUAUGAGUUCAUUAAUUCACUUCAGGAGUUAAGCUACCGCCAAGAUACUGGAAAAUAUAGUUAAGCCACGUGGCUAAGCUACAUGUAGAACCACUACACUAUAAAUCAUUAUUAUAUAAACUGCAGACUAACUCAGUACCAAACUGAACUGUGGGUCUUAGUUGGCUUAGUGGUUUACGUAGCAGACUUUAUGGACCCUUCAUAUUUUUUUUUUUUUACAUUGGGGGCCACUGGAAGGGUAGUAGUUCACAUAGUUGUCUUUCAUGCAGUUUGUAUGAAUAAUUUGCCAUCACAGAGAAAAAGAUCUAAUGUUAUUUCUUUGCAACAAAAUAUUCACUUCUAUUAAGUUGGUCUUUAGUGUAAAAGGUUUCGUCCCUUCAGUCCUUCUGGAAUAAAAAUUUUCUUCUCUGACUCGAUUAAUCACACGAUGGAAAAAUGCCACCUCAGCACAAUGACUCCUUCACCUUUCAGAGAGUGACCAGGGCCAGAAUAUUAUACAGAAUAAUACAUAUAUUCAAAUACAUAUCAAUUUAAUGGAGUAUCUGUAAAUAAAAAUGUUUAAAAAUGUAUUUAUACCAAUAACAGCCUCCUCUGUAAUGAACACCUUACCAAAAACAGAAGCCUGUCUUGUCUUGAGUUAAAUGUUUUUUUUAUAAGAUUAAAAAUAAAUAAUGUACACAAAGUAAUGUUUUGAGUUGGACGUAUUAUAAUAUGUGUCCUUUAAGAAAAAUAAAUGGGGCUGUAUUUAAUUUAGUUGUAACCUCAACUGUUUAUCUGUUUUUUUUUUUACAUAUUUUUAUGAAGUGUAAUAGAUUCCACCUUGCCUGUCCAUUCCGUCUCUUGUCCAUCAAUAUUUAAUCUUUCAUCAUUGCACCUUGGC